CAGUGCUCAUUCCACCUUGAGUCCCUCCUUUUGUAUCACCACCCAGAUUUCUAACUCCGAAAUGGAGCCUGAAGGAUUGGUCUCAGAAGCAAGCUGGAACUCAUUCGAUGCAGUGAUGUCGGCCGAGGAGUCUGAGAUGAUUGCACACCUGCUAGGUGGCCACCAAUUCCUGAAUGAGCUUGAUCAAGACCCGACCAUCGAAAUGCCACCAAUCUUUGGGCCGGACCAUGGUGCUGAUCAGUAUUAUUGUUUGCAUGAAACUAGUUACAAUCCAUACUAUUGUUCUCAGGGGACAAGUAGCACUAGUACUAGUAGUUUCUCUCUUCCCCUUGCUGACAAUGGAUGCAGCUACUUGAGUGAUUCUAAUGCUGUUCCAGAGAUCAGCAUCAGUCCCACCACCACAGUGGAUUUUAGCAUUGAGAAAGAGCAAUUCAUUGCUCCAUCCCUUGCUGUUGUUUCCUGUCAUCAAUUCAAUGAGCCAAUUUGUGCGACAGAGAAGACAUGCAGCGACGAAUUCAGAGUCUCAAAGGAGAAGUCAUCGGCGCCUGCUCUUCCUUCUCAUCAGAACUCACAAGCCGCCAAGAAAAGGAUGCAUGUAAGUGAUGCUGAGCAGCCCACUACAAAUGAAAAAGAUGGCACCUCGAUUGGAAGUCCUAAGAAGAAGGCUCGGGCCUCGACACUGGUACCUAAGAAGGGGAAGAAUGCUCAGUCUAAGAAAGCUCAAAAGAGUGUAUGUACUGGCAAUGAGGAAGACAGCAAUGCUGACUUAAAUGGGCAGAGCUCCAGCUGCUACAGCUCGGAGGAUGAUUCAAAUGCCUCCCAGGAGCUGAUCGGAGGAGGAAAAACAAGAGCAGGUCGGCGGUCGGCGACUGAUCCCCAGAGCCUCUAUGCAAGGAAAAGGAGAGAAAGAAUCAAUAAGAGAUUAAGGAUCCUGCAGAACUUGGUUCCCAAUGGGACCAAAGUAGACAUUAGCACAAUGCUUGAAGAAGCAGUUCAAUAUGUGAAGUUUCUCCAACUCCAAAUUAAGCUUUUGAGCUCGGACGAGCUGUGGAUGUAUGCUCCCAUCGCUUACAAUGGGAUUAACAUUGGACUUUGAUCUAACAAUAUCUCCACCUUCAACAGUGAGAUCCAAAUGGACUCAAGACUUUUGAGAUUGCACCAGCACUCACAGCCAAAGAGAUGGUGCUGCAUCUAUGUUGUUUGCAAGUCUCUCAAAAUUAUAUCAUUAUUCUUUUUUUUAUAGAUUCAUUACUACAUAGUAAUAGGUGCAUCUAAAUAAGCUAUUCUUCUAUCUGAGGACUGAGCUUAAUGAUCACAUUGAUCAGUAUCUCAGAGAUUUUUACACCGAUCUCUGAGUGUGGGAUGUAGAUGGGGUGAACCCCCACUUUCAAAACAUCGACACCAAUUCUUCUGUUCAUUAUAUGUAAAAUUUCCUAUUGAAAUGAGCUUGGCACUGCUAAAACUCUUUCCUCCAAGAUAGCAAUGACCAAUGGAGGCUAAUCACAGUUACAACUCCGGAUUACGGCUAUACAACCCUGAAUGGACCCAUAAAAUAUAA